CUAGGCCGAAGUGCUCUUAAUUAAUGGCGUCCGUUUGCUGCCUAAAUAAGGUGGUCGUGCGGGAUCUUGUUUCUUCAUGGGUUUCACGUGGUGACCCCAUCAACUUUGUGGGGUUUGCUUUGAAUGAUUGCAAGUCUGCACUCAUUCUGCAUUCUGACAGUUCAGGCGUUCUCGCUGGUUCUCCAUUCGUUGAUGCCUUGUUCACCGAGUUCGGCUGCAAUAUCGAAUGGCACCUCUCUGAUGGUGAUCUUUUACAGGCGGGCGGGAAGGUGGCCACUAUUAAAGGCUCUGCCUUUCAACUAAUGUCCUAUGAGAAAUUGGCGAUCACUAUUUUAUCUCGCGCCAGCAGCAUUGCGACGACAACUAAGAAGUUGCGCAAAAUUCUGACGGAUGUUUCAUGGAAAGGGCAACUUAGAGUACAUCGUUCCCUCACACCCGGUUUUGAGCUAGUUGAAGAGCACGCGAUGGUACUCGCUGGCGUUGUUCCCACUAGACCAUCCAUAUUUAUACGUCAGUGCCACGCAUCCUCUGCUGGUGGUAUUGAAAAAGCAAUUGAAUCAAUCCGUUCGAAAGCUGGCAUGACAACGAAGCUUGAAGUUGAGUGCGCCACCCUCUCCGAGGCCCUUGCAGCUUCCGCUGCGGGCGCUAAUAUAAUUGUUUUUAAUAAACUCCCUCUAAAAGAACUCGGCACCAGCAUUACGCAAGUGAAGGGUUCUUACCCUCAUAUUCAAGUUCAGCUCAACGGGGACUUUGACGAGAGUAAUCUAAGGGCUGUCGCUCUAUCCAACGUCGACCUGUUGUCCACUUCCAAGCUGUCAUCAGGGUUUUCCCACAUAACUUUCAGUUCCACCUAUGAUGACUUCGGACCCGAGAACCUACCUGAUACAGAACGUUUUGCUUCUCCAAGCUCAACGAAAUUGCAACCCUCAAGCUCUGAUCAUACAAACGAAGUGUCUAGCCCAUCAGCACCUUCCAAGAAGUUACGGUUAAAUGAGGAUAAUCAGUCGGCUAGUCCGAAAUCUGAAAGUAAACAAAACGGCACCCAGUCUCGCACUCAGACUCCAACAGGCUCCGGCUCGCAAGCUACCAUGUCUAGAGAACAAAACCUGAAGCGACCUCAGCGGAACCAACGAUCGCAACAUAACUCACCACGACAGAAUGUCUCGCGCCCACAGUCCUCUGGGGGUAUGCAUUUACUGCAAAUGACGCGGUUCAGCUCUCCAAAUGCAUCAUCUCGUGCAUCAAACAGUCCUCAGCAACCUGGAUCUUCUUCCGCCAACCAGCUACCAUCAAUGCUGAGUAGUCAAAGCUCAUCGCGCAUGAUGCAUAACCACCCUAGCAAUUCGGGUAUGCUUGGAUCCGGAUUCUUAAACAUGUCGGCACAGCCCAGUAAUUCGCCGAGUAGUUGGUCGAUGGCCUCAGGUCCGAUGAUGGGGAACACCGGUUUCGGUCCAAGAAUGGGUGGACCUCCUGGCUACCCCAUGUCCACCUGCCGGGCAUGCGGAACUACAAACGGUCUCGGUUCGCCCUUUUGCCGUACUUGCCGUGUUCCACUACGCUGAACCUUUUUGUAACAUACGUUCUGCUAUGCAAUAGUUGUGCUCUGUUCC